UCAGAGGGGCAGGAAGAAAGUCGGAAGCCAGCAAUAGCAACGAGGUCUCUUCUGAUUCCGACAUGGAGGAACCGGUGGCGAUCCGCUUCUCGCAGGACCUGAUGCCCUCACAGUCCCGUCGCUCGUCCCUGUCUGUGCGCCACCGCCACCGCAGCUCCAGUAGCAGCAGCCUCAGCGUCUCGGCCUGUAGCAACAGCAGCGCAGUCAGCAGCUACCCAACGAACACCAAUGCAGCGACGUCUCGAUGCUGGCACUUGAGUCCUGAUCAGUCUUACGAGGACUACGAGGUAGUAUUCACAGAGGACAAGUUGGGAUUGACACUCAAGAGUCAGGAGCAGGUGGACCCAUCAGGCCGUAGAAUCCCCGUGACCAUCGUAAAGUCCACAAUAUUCAGCGUCGGGCAAGUCUCGCACCAGAUCCGCGAGGGUGAUGUGUUGCAGUCGGUAAAUGGAGAAAGUAUCGUUAACUUGGAGUUUCAGGACGUGCUUCGUAUCCUCAAGAUCGCUCCGAGACCAAUACGACUGCGGUUUCGUACCAGAUAUACACUGCGAGGCAUUCGACGAGCAUGGUCGGUGUCAGAUGACCAGCAGGAGGUGUCGUCCAGACGAUCGAGUAACAGCAGCAUUGAUAGCGAUCUUCGUGUACCAAUUGCUGCGGGGCCUUUCAUUUUUCCUGAACGUCCUGGACUGGAAGAGGAUCGAGACGACUCGGACAGUCAAGAUGCAGUCAUGUCCGAGAGCUUUGGCGACGCUGAUAGUGCGCGAUCGACUGAAAACAGCUCGGUGAUUACAGAAUUUACAGAUACAGAACUGACAUCGGCUCGGCAAUCGUCGCGGUUAGCUGCGUUCUUACGACCGUUUCGGCGUGGCGAUGGCUUCGAUGGAGGCCGAUUGGAGCUUCGUAUGGGCAUCGUGCCGGCAUCGCCGCGUACAGAGAUUUCACUCGAGUCGCCUUCAAAGGCUGCGAUCCAUGUGCGCUGGCGUGUGCAUUCCAAUGCGAUAUCGUAUCAUCUACAAUUCUCUCGAGACUGGACUAUGAAGGUUUGGAAGAAUUGGUCAGGUCGGCCUCGACGAUCAAGUGAAAGUGAACGCGAACUGGUUACGACGAUCUUUGGUCUCGACUACUCGAAAAGCUACGUGGUGCGUGUGCGCUAUGAGUUUAAUGGUAGUCACGGUCCUGGCGAGUGGAGCUCACCAAGCGCACCAAUCACAACCAUCAGUCACGUAGACGCCAUGCAUCAUCGGAUCGCACAGCCACGAACACGAGGGUGAACGACAGGGUCGAUAUUAAAACUACAGCCACGAAGAAUUCCGGUCCUGUGGCAUAUUUUUCGCCAUCCUGCUGGUGGUGACAUAGUAUUCGGUUGGAGAACUCAUUAUUGUCCAGAACAUGUUUGUUAACUGUACUGCGUUGCACGAGCCAUGAAUGACAUGGUGGCAAGUUGCCUUCAGGUUGCCAGUGGCUACCUAGUCUACGGGUUUAGCAAAAUGUGUGACAUGCUACAAUUCACCCACGUUAUCAGA